UCUCUUUGCCCCCGUCGUUCCCUCCUGACAUGUGUGUAUAAGUACGGCCCCGUCCCUGUGAGGCCUUCUCUCCCUUAGUUUGCUUGAAUCCCUAUCCCACAUCACUAUCCUUUCGGUGGCCGAGCCUCAACACACUUUUGUCUAUCCAGACAGCCUCAUUCUCUUCACAUCAAAGCUUCUCACUCCUUUCUGAAAGCAACUCUAAACGGCCCCGGCCCGUUCAAACCCCCAUCAUCCCUCACAACCAAAGCUCGAGUCUUACCACCAACACCCGUACCUGGGCCAAAACUCCAUUCCACGAUCAGCUAGACGCUUUUCAAGAGAACCGCUCCUUCUCAACUGCCUUGAACCUGCACUCCCGUUGUUGACAACGAUUGCGGAACCCCUUUUCAAACCCUCACGUUCAACUCACUUCACACAACCGCCUCCGGCACUUACACACCAACCAAGCCCACACCCAACACCCUCAAAAUGCAGUUCAGCAUCCUCUCCCUCCUCGGCUUCGCCGCCCUUGCCGCCGCCACCAACACGGUCACCUUCAAGUCCCUGGAUGAUGUUACCCGCACCGUUCACUUCACCCCCAACUCGGGCCUCGCCUCGGUCGAGUCGGUCGAUGUCCCCGGCAACGGCGAGGUCAAGGUCGAGAUCCCCGAGGCCUGGAUCGGCAACUGGUACGCCGUCUCGGAGGGUGCCGACAAUGCCGCCGGCAUGCUCGGCGAGGUCGCCUUCAACGGCUGGAACGGCCUGACCUACUUUGAUGUUUCCGCCAUUGUCGACCCCAGUGACCACGACGGCGUCAAGAAGAUGUGGCCCGCCAGCGGCUCCGACCCCAUCUCCGGCUGCGACUUCUUCCCCUGCCCUAACGCCUACUACCUCCCCGACGACGUCCAGACAAAGGUCACUUCCGAGACCGAUCUCAUUUGCACUCUCGGCAACAAUGGCGUCAUCUCCCGCCGCGAUGUCGACGACCACCACGAGUCCCCUAGCUACAAGCGCGACUUCGUCCAGGGCAAGUGGUCCAACUGAAGACUUUCAUCGUCCGUUUUCUGCAUUUUCUCUCCCCAUUCGAGAAAAGAGAACAACCACUUUGCCGCGGUGGCAGAUACAUCAUCGGUCCCGCGUGCCUCUCGCGCUGUGCGCUACGACUUCAUGACCUCACCGACCUUUUCAGGAUGAGGCUGAACCCUCAAGA